ACAAUAUCAGGUAACUGACUUUGUACUUGAGGGGGGCAACUGUUAAAAAUAGACUCACACCCCAAGACUGCUGGCUCUGCCUGAGCUUAUACUGAAGUCCUACAUCAUAGGUCUAUAUCUUCAACCACACGGCUAUGAAAAAGGUAAAGAAUCUAAAAGCACAAGAAUGCACUUGGACCCAGGGGAGGUAAUGACACCUGAAAAGCCAGGUACAAAUAAUGUGUGCAUAGAACUUUGUGCCAUUCGUCCCAAAACUUGGCUUGAAGUUGCUGUUUGACAGCCAAAUCCUCGCUGCUGACAACCUCCUACCACUAGAAGUCCCCAUGGAUAUGUCACUCCUUUGCACGGUAGACCAAACACGGUCACCACCAGCUCUUACAGACAGUCAAACAGGGGAUCUAGAGUCUCUCUCUGUUCUGCACAGUCCCACAGAAAGCACGCUGUCUGCAUACGAGACAGGAGCAGAGACUGUGUCAGACCCCACUGACAAAUCAACCAAGACUUUAUCAAACGUUCCCGAAUGCCUCUCUCAGGAGAAAAGCACUGACUCAGACUGUCUGAAGCCUUCGUCAUCCAGCUAUAAUAUGUCAGAGUGUUUGUCACUUUGUUCAGAGCCUUCCUUAAUGGAUGAAGAUUUCAGGGUUUUUAGAUAUUUUGGCUCAUCAGAACCUCUUUUACCUCACAUCUCUCAUAACCUUAUUUCCCCUCUAUCUGAAUCUUUUUCAGAGUUUUACUUUAAACAAGAACCAGCCCUCUGUUUUUCUCCCAUACAAGAAAAUAGCACACCUCAACCUUUGAUGGAGCCAUCUGUCACUGAGCCCAUCUAUAGUCACAGCUUCAGUUCUAAAGACAGUCAAGCAACUUAUCUAUUAAGUUCAUUAUCACAUCAGUCAGAUAGUUUAGAGAGUGAUACAGCUAUAGCACCUGUGUCAGACCUUUAUAUCUUUGAAAGUGACACACAUGACUUCAUACUUAGCCCUAAUGUUGAUCCAGAGGAGAUUAAAUGUCCUGAAUACCAGCCAUUAUCACAAACAGGGGGAAAAAAGUCAGACCCUGACUGCAAUUCACAGUUACUGAUGUGUGAUUCAGAAAAUGUGGUGACACAAUGUCAUCACGGCUCCAGUGAGGAACGAGCUAUGGUGGACUAUGAGUCUGACGUGAGCCAACCCACAAGACUAAGACCACCUGCUGUGAAUGCCUGCGAGGCAGGCUUAAUGUCAGUAAAUGAUGCUAGACGAGGGAAAGCAGAGGUCACUGAUUUAACCCCCCAACCACGGCGCAGUGACAGCCCCAUCGAACUAUGGCUGGAUGCAUGCCAGUAUCUGGCAGGUGAAGAUACAGAAGAUAGGGAUGUUUGGGACAAGACAGGUCAUUCUGUGAUGCAAGGAGGGCUCUCGGCCAACGGUGACUUGUCUUUUCCCACAGGAGAGACACAAGUGUCAUGUUACAACCCUGAUGGUAGUGAAGUGAUUGGCUGGUCCGGUGAUGACACUGGAAGUUGGGGGCCACCGGUUGAGAGAUGGUCGUCAGUGGACAGCUGGGCAAGCGCUCUCUCAGACUGGACUGGGAUCAUCGCGGCUCCACCAGAGGACUUCACAGCUGCUUUCACAGAGAUAGGGGCCGAGAUAGAUGCUUUGACACAGGCACUAGCAGGGGUAAACACUCAUAUAGAUACAGAGAGAUCUAAAGAAGGAGAGGAUAAAGAGGCAGCAGUACAGGCACAAUCACAGCCAUCGCUCAUGGGUGUCCAGGAUCAGCCUCUAAAGGCACAAAACAUCCCAGAGAGCUCUGUCCUCUCAGGGCAGAGCCGUCUCUCGAGUGUUGAAUCCCUGUGUGAUUCAACACCUUCCACACAAGCAGAAAAGGAGCCAGAAGAAAUCCUCAGCAGCCAGGCUGAGCACUCUCUGCACCCCACACAGCAGCACUCAUCCAUGGGAUCAUCCGGUGCUACGGUGGCCUCUCCUGGAGGAUACGGUGUUGGUGUGAUCCCCCGAUCUACUUCUUCCGCUGGUCUAGGCCAUUCUCACUUUGGUGGAUUUGUCGAGUCCUUUGAGGCAGACAAUUUCUACAGCAAUGAGGAAGAUCAAAUCAUACUGAAUAUAGUUGAGGAUACAGAUUUGGAGGGACAAAACGCAUAUGCAGAGCUAACAAUCAAUGAGCCCUUUGCAGAUGGACUGUGUGAAGUGACAGAUGAGCACAGCAUCUCCCAGCCGGGCUGGGUGGCCAAUCAGGAAGCUAAAAGGAGCUGUGGGCCCGCUGGGGUUGACCGUGAAGGAACAGAAUCUUCAACAAAUCUUUUUUUCCUCACCACUCACACACUGACAAACUCACACUGCACAAAGUCUGACACUUUACCAGACCUUGACGGAGCCUGUCAGUUGGAGCCACAGUGGGGAAGUCCCAAGUUUAUUAUGCCCUUAGCUCCUCUUAGCUCCUCCUUCAUCUGUCAGACAAACAACAGUUUGGAAGGAGAUCAAACUUGUGCCAAAAGGUCUUUCAAUAACAACAGGGACCUCAGUUGUGAUCACAUACAACCUUGCAUUCUCUGGCCAACCUCGGAUGGGAUUACAGACAAACCAUAUUUGGAAGGUGUUGAAGAGUUGAUUCAUAAAAAGGAAAAUACACUAGAGUCCACUGAUAAAUCUUCACCAGAGAGACAACUGGACUUAGAUACUGCAGAGUGUUUCUUCACUGCAAAAAAAACAGUAAUUGAGGAGAUUAAUGAUCUCAGUAGAGAACUGUCGAACUUGGCUGCUGUCCCUGCAGAUCAAUUCAUCAUCUCAGAGAAGAACCGCGUUGCAUUCAUCACUUUAGAUUUAAAGGACCCAUUUGUCUCCAGGGCUGCAAGACCCAUCGCCACAGUCGUACAAUCUAAGUUUAAUCAGAAAACAGCUGAAAGGAUGCCUCACAAAACCCAGAAGUCCACCUCAGAGGUCAAAACACGCUCUAAAAAGGACAAAUCAGCCAGUCAUCACCAUGGUGCACAAGCUUUCAAGAAACAAGAGAAUUUAUCUCACCAUGUUUUAGGUCAGCAGGUCUGCAAACAGCAAGAAAAUCACCCUCUUACUGGAGAAAAUCAUACUAGUGAGAACACUCCAGCUGGGCUUGAGGACAAGGAGGCUAAAUUGGUGAUUGAGACUGGUGUGGCGACUGAGAAGGCUCCAAGCAAGCCACAUGGCAAGAAGAAAAAGAAACAUGCUCAGAAUGUAACAGGAGUUAAAAGUGUAGGGGAGCCAUUGGUUGAAGUGGAAAAUGGAGCAAAACCAAAGACUGCAAAAGGAAGGAUUGAGAUGUUUGAGGCCACCCUGGGUGCUAAAGCUGGGAAAGCUCAAAAGGACAGUGAUCAAUCCCAUGGUACUGAGAAAAAGUCCCAGCAACCAGAGGCUAAAGCUUCCCAGGGAGAACAAGUUCAGAAUAAGACGGAUCAUAAAGACCACCAAUCAAAAAACUGCACCAGUCCUCUGAAUGAUGAUAUUAUUAAAAGAAGACGCCUGUCAGAGGAUAAGUUUGGGAAGAUUGUCAGUGUUUUGGAGUCUAAACUACCCAAGCCAGACGUUUCUAUCCAGACCAAGGGAGAGGAGCCCAAGGUAGAUGCCGGGGAAACUCGGAAGAAGGCAUACAGUGAAGUAGUCAAACAGAAAAUCCCACCUAAGGAAGAGCCAAAGGUGGUGAAGCCUAUCCAAGCAGUGGCAGUGAGUGGGGACCCCCAGAGUCUGUGCCUGUGGUGUCAGUUUGCGGCUGUCUUCUCCCACCACACUGUCACCUGGGGCCGAGACGGCACUGUCCUUUCUGAGAUCAAGAGAAGUGCAGGGGACGAGAGCAGAGUGUCACUGAACAUCUCCAACGCUUCUCACAAAGACUUGGGCAAGUACGAGUGUCGGCUCACCAGUUUACACGGAUCAGUCACCCUGGACUACCUGCUCACAUAUGAAGUGCUCAGUGAAAUUGUGAUCCCUCCAUCUCUGAAGACCGUAUCAUCUGCCCCUGUAGAGAUGGGGAGUGAAGAGGAGGAUGUCAAGUGUUCCAGGCUGAUGUUCAAAGAGGAUUUCCUAUCUGACCAAUACUUUGGAGAGAACCAACCUGUCAGCAUCCUCACUGAAAAGGUCCACUUUGGGGAGGGGAUGCACCGGCGGGCUUUCCGGACCAAGCUGCAAGUGGGUCAGAUACCCCUGUUACUACCUGGACACUCUUGUGUGCUCAAAGUACACAAUUCUAUCAGCUACGGGACCAAGAACAACGACGAGCUUGUUCAGAAGAACUUUACCUUGGCUGUAGAGGAGUGCCAGGUGCAGAACACAGCAAGAGAGUACAUCAAGGCAUACACCACUGCGGCCCAGUCUGUUGAAGCCUUCGGAAAGAUCCCAGAGAUCAUUCCCAUCUACCUGGUUCACCGCCCAUCCAAUGACAUCCCAUAUGCCACACUAGAGGAGGAGCUAAUCGGUGACUUUGUCAAGUAUUCAGUCAAGGACGGAAAAGAAAUCAACCUGAUGAGACGUGACUCGGAGGCAGGACAGAAAUGUUGUGCUUUCCAGCACUGGGUCUACGAAAAGACUGAGGGAAACCUUCUGGUUACUGACAUGCAAGGAGUGGGAAUGAGGCUUACUGAUGUGGGAAUAGCCACCUGCAAGAAAGGAUAUAAAGGCUUCAAAGGAAACUGUGCCACCUCCUUCAUUGACCAGUUCAAAGCCUUGCACCAGUGCAACAAAUACUGUGAGCUCCUGGGCCUCAAGUCCCUGCAGCCCAAAGCUAAAAAGCCUGCAUCUGCUCCGAAACCCAAACCUCAACCCCCUGCUGCACCUAAGAAGAAGACAUUUGGGCCAACAGUGAAGGGAAAGUCAUAACAUGAGGAGAAUCUUGGACUAUGGCUUUCAUUUUUAUUGAAAUGGUGAGGUUUUUGGUGAUUUGCUUCACUUACGUUGGACCUCAUCAUGCAGAGUUUGGGCCUGUCAAAGGGGAAUCAGAAAAGUGUCCUGGGCUGUGGCAGGCUAGAUCAUGGAGGACACCGAUCGUUGCGCAAUCAGUUUUUGCUUCAUCUCAUGUUGAACAUUUGAGAGAUUUAUUUAUUUUAAGAUGUUAAGAUUUAACCAGAGAUGGUUUCUGUAUAACUAUGAGUAUUUCUAAUCUAAGGGAGGAAACUUUAUUUAGUUUUAGGAAAACUGUGACAAAACACUUGAAAAUGAUGAUGAGAAUGAUGAGUUUGUCGACAGUGUUGAACUGUGAUGUCUUAGAGAUUGCUAUUAUUGAUGCAAUGAUUUUCUUUACAUAUCAAUGCAGUUUUUCUUGUUUUUCUACUUCUGUGAUGUUUUCAAACUAUUAGUUCAUUAAAUUAAUGAAUUUGUUAAUUAAUUGAUUAAAGGAAAUGUCUUUAAAGUAGGUUAUAUGAUAAAAUAGACACAGUAGAGGAUGUAUAUUGUUUAAGGUUCAGUUACACUGUAUGAGUGGGUAAUAUGAUUUAUUUGCAAGGUGACAGAGGUAUUUGAUGGGCGUAUAUUCAAUUUAAUGUUACAUUACUAUAAUGUUUGUUCAUGUAGUAAAGCUACUGAUUUAAGAUGUGCGCAUAUUUAUAUCCCAGAAACAACACAAAGUUAUUUUGUACACAUUAAGCUAAGUAAGCUAAUGCCUUUGAAUGUAUUCACUAAAAUGUGAAAAUGUAUAGAUUUUUCAUUUUAUUAUAAGGGGCAAUACUGCUUGUUAGAUUUAUUUUUGAAUAUCUGACAUAAUUUUAAGGAUCUAUACUGCACUAGCUCAAACUAAGUGACAGACAUGUAAAACUAAACCCAGUCAUGGCACCAGACUAACCUGAGAGCAAAAUCUACUUACAUACACAGCCCACAGGAUCAAUUCAAUUGCAGUCUCACACCGUCUCUAUAUAUAAUAACCCUCUAUGUCCUGCUCUCACUGUUGCUGUUUAAAUCCCUGACCCACAUUUCUGACAUGGCUCUCAGGUUGCGGCUAUAGCCAGUGUGUAUGCAAAUAGUAGAUCUUUGUUAUUAAAGAGAUGUUGCUGGUUGAA